AUUAAUCCAAUUGGUUUCAAAUACAGAAAGCCAUUAAUGAACUAAUUAUUCAUCUAGGAGGCCUCUGCCCUGGAGUAACAAAAGGGAACACAAUAUGACACGCGUGAUCUGGACGUUUUAAAUUAUAUUUUGGUGCUAUUGGCUUUCCAUAUCUGUGAUUGAUUAGCUUAUCAGAUAUCAAACCUAGCAGAUACACAAAUUUGUCAUCCCGAAUCGUCAUAUAGUUCAAGACAGAUCUCUAAUGUCUUCGUAUUAGUGGUUUUGCGCACAUCGAACUGGGAGGGAUAUACUUACGAAUCGGAAGUAUUCCAAUUGCAGCUAAAAGGGAUUGGAAAAGUAUCAAAAAUCAUGGGCUAUGAUUUGAAGAAGAAAAUUGGAGAUGAGUGGGCAGAUGCCAAGUACACACUUAGCCAGAGAAAACCAUGGGAGAUCAUCACCGCCCUCUUCCUCAUCGUCCUCCUCAUCGGCAGCGUGGUCAUGGCAUUUAUUUUCACGAUCGUAGCACCACCCGGUGUCCUCGGCGACAGCGGCAGUGGUAGUGCUUCUAUCGCACGGCAGCGCCUCAGUGUUCAACAACAGAGAGUACCCGCGCUAUACAAGCGUUCUGUGGAAGAAAAUCCCGACUCGGCUCCAAAGUCUGCCAGUGCUUCAGGAAUUGAUGAUGCUCUCAGCUGUGUUGAAAUUGGAAGUACGAUGAUGACGAAGGGUGUUACUUCGUCUGAAGCCGCCAAGGAAAUUAUCGUUUGUCUUGGAAAACUAUCGAUCAGUGAUAUGGAUACCAUCGUAAAAUUGGAAGAAGAAUUAGCAUCCGCACUCUUCACAGGUGACAGAGAGGCUGCCGUAGAUAUCCUCCAAAAGAUUAUCCAACAUGACGUCAUCAAGGAGCCAAGAUUUGCGUGAAAAAAAUAUGAUAUGAAUAAAACUUUAUCUCAACUUUUUAUAUUGCAUUUUAUACAUAUUGUAUGCUUUCUCAUAUCUUAAAAGAAAUUUGUAUAUAUCAUAUAUAUCAAUUUUGUAUAUUUGCAAUUUAUUAUGAUUAUCAGAUGAUUUUACAGAUCGUACUACAUAACUUAACGUUGUGGAAAGUAGGGGCGAUUACGCGGGCCUUAUUCCUGCAUGCUUUUCAGGAGAAAAAAGUAGAAUAAGAAAAAAAAGGAGACAGGAAAAAAUUUUAAUAGUUGAGAUUUUGGUCCUGUAACUCUUAAUUAUUCCUGCUAUUCGAUUGAAAAUAUGAAGUGGCGCCAUGGUCAUGGCAAGAUCACUAACAAUUUGUUUUGUCUAUUAUUUGCGUUCUAUACUUGACGAUUUGUAGUUUUUACAACGUGACGCAAGAGAGAUACAAGAACACAGUAAAUUUAUUGAAAAUGUCCGUCAAAUAAUGAUUAAGAACAGCCGAGAGGUCUUUGUUCAAUAUUGGUGUAGCGGAAAAGUAGUUUUGUCCUAUAUAUGUUUCGGACCUGACGAAUUAUUGUAAAUAUAUAUCACUUUUGUCCAGAGUCUGAUGCGAAACUUUUGCUUCCCCUAUUUUCGACGAAGACUUCUUGGCUGUUCAUUGUCAUGAAGGGCGUUAACAAUACAUUUUCUACAUUUUCUUGAAUCCAUGGAGCGAAAACUCCAUCAUAUGACCUAGACCAUUUUUCACUACAUCUAUUCCUUCUUCACCUUUUCAUGUACCACCUGUAAUUUCAUCACACAGGCAUUCGUCCGUAGCGCCAUCCCUGUUUCGUAGAUAACCGGAGUUGAAAUAUGUUAUAAAUUCGGAGUACGAUGCAUUGAAAUAUUUUGGAGAUUAUGAAUUCAUGUUUUUCUUUCACAUUUGUAUACACCCAGGAUUAAACUCUCAGAUGAAAAUAAA